AGUAGAAUCAGAUUACACUAAUUUACAAGAACAUUAAAAUUAGUGGAGACCAAGCCAAUUCACCCCAAUACAUUCAUUUUUGUAUUUUGAGCAUUUAGAUAGAGUCCUAGCUUCAAAAUUGAAACUCAAUUAAAAUGGAGAAACAAGUUUUGGAUUACGUGUUGGUACCAGUAGGCCUCGUCUUCAUGGUUGUUUAUCAUGUAUGGCUUCUUCAUCGCAUCCUUAAACACCCUUCCCGAACUGUCAUCGGCAUCAAUUCCAUCAAUCGUCACUUUUGGGUUCGCGCUAUGAUGGAGGACCCCUCGAAAAAUGGAGUUCUAGCUGUACAGACAUUAAGGAACAACAUAAUGGCGUCAACACUUUUGGCGUCUACGGCGAUUAUGCUCAGUUCUCUCAUCGCCGUUUUAAUGACCGGCGGAAGCAAGGGCCGUUCUAUCGGUUUUCAUGUUUACGGAGACAAAAGCGAGCUUUGCCUGUCGAUUAAGUUCUUCUCUAUAUUGGUAUGUUUUAUGGUGGCGUUUUUGUUUAAUGUGCAGUCAAUCAGGUAUUACAGUCACGCUAGCAUACUCAUAAACGUGCCCUACAAGAAAUUGGAUUCUUCGAGACAUUGUGUGACAGCGGCGUAUGUAGGGAGAACAGUGAAUAGAGGCAGCUAUUUCUGGUCACUUGGAUUGCGUGCGUUUUAUUUUUCGUUUCCGUUAUUUUUGUGGAUCUUUGGACCUAUUCCUAUGUUCCUUUGCUGCAUUUUCCUGGUUUUUAUGCUUUAUUUCCUCGACGGUAGUUCAGAUUUUGGGUGGAUUGCACCAACUGAUGUGGAGACUCAACAGACAGGUUGAUGUUCAGAUUUUCGAGAGAGCAGUUUAAAUUCAAUCCAAGUUGCAUUGAACUGCUUGACUACCGUGUAAUGUUCUGUGCCUUUUAAUAACAAUUCUUGUGGAGAAUUGGAAUAUAAUACUUAAUUUGAGUACUCCUUCGUCCCAUAUAAGGUGUAAGUUAUGAAAAAUACCAUCAUCAUGUUUAGACUAUUAUAAAUGGGCCGUCAAGAUACCCGACUCUCCUGCUUUAUCUGGGUGUCUAACUGGUAGUUUUUGCUGUAUGCUUGUUUUCUUAAAAUGCAUGGUUCAACUGUGAAGCAAUUGAUACCUGGCAUAAAUGAUAUUUCAUUUCAAAGAAACAUACAUUGUCCCCUCAUUCUUUUUCUAAUUAGUUACAUAGUCCUGUCAUUUGUACUCCUUCGACUUUGUAAUUCCAGGAUUUAUAAUGAAGAAUGCCUAAAUUGCAAGUGCUGAAUACAGAGUUGAAUUUGCAAAACAUUUGAUCCUGGAAUAUAGAAUAAUUGAUUUACAAGUACAUAGUCCCUUGAUUCCUUUAUUCCUGAUUGCUUUGUUUAUCCUUGCUGAUUAGUUACAUAGUAUUUUCACUCCUUCAUAAUUAUAGAAAAAGAGAACAGUAUUUUCAUUCCUGCUCACUCUAAUUUUUAGUUCCAAUCAAUCUUGCCUGAUUUUUGCUACUGAUGCUACUUGAUUUCAAAGACAUUUAUUCGUCCUUCCUCUGUAGAUAUUUCUAGGUCUAACAGCCAAGGUUAGAGAAUUGAAGUUCACUCUAAUAGGAAAUGCACCUAGAUGGUUGAAGAGAUCUAAAUUUUUUGAGGUCAUUUCUUACCUUCUUUUACUGAUCUGCCAGCACUAGCACUACUUCUCUGUAUGUUUUAGCUUACUCCAAGCAAACAGGGUAUGCUAAAAUAUUGGGGUAGUUGAAGUGAGCUUCUGGUACUUCCGGUAUAAGGUUUCUAACACGACUGACGACUGCUGUAUAGCCAAAGUACUUUUUUUCAAGAACAUUUGAUCCCUCAUGUUCCAAUCCAAUCCAUUGAUUUGGGAGUCUUUACUCCAGUUGUGAUCCACAAAAUUAAAUACUCAAGUUAUGAAGAUUCUUUGCCGUUGUUUUUCCUAAUAUGAAAUGCAUUUGCAUAUACACUCAAAAAGCAGCAUAUGCAUAUGUUCUCUAUUUAGAUUAAGGUUCAAUGCAGCGUUAUUUUGCUAUUUAUUGUGAUGCUUUGCUAAUUGAAAUGACUGUUUUAUGCCUCUAAAGAGCUCGCUCGCCCUGGAUGGUUGUUUGAUUUUGUGUCCACUCUCUCAUUAUUUAGGCCACUGACGUAAAAUUUCUAGAAUACCAGCUAGUAUCUGGAGGUAAUCUCUUUGCAGAUGUUAACCUGCAUGUGAUGGACAACAUUUUUAGAUGCCAAAAUUUUCAUCACUAAACAUCCAAGUUGAUGUAAAAGUUGUUUAUGUGGUUCAACACGAGCCGUUUAUAAGAACAUCUAUAAGUUUGCCAGCUAUGUAUACACCUGCGGUAUUCUUUCUUUGUGCAAAAUAUACAGGCAAAAUAAGAAAGAUCUCUUAAUCAUUUUUACUAGUUUGAAAUAAUCUUCUAGUCCUUUCAUUCCAUAAGCACCAAAAGAGGCACCGUGGUUGAUACUUCCCCGCUGCCCUCCUAUCACUGGCGAUCCUCUGUAAUAUUCGGCUCGUGAUUGCUUCCUUCGUAGCCCUUUGUAACACCCAUGAUAUAUUAGACAAUGAGAUCUAUAUGAUGGUCUACAACUGAAUAAUUCUACCUUUUUGGGACUGAAACUGUUUGGUUUUGGAAGAAUUACUUUUGAUAUAGUUUGGUAGAAUUAGUUAUAUGGUUGUAUACUGACAAUGGUGAGACGUGCUCUUUCCCUUGCUGCAGAGACUAUAAUUAUUUAGUUUUAUGAAGUUACUUUAUUCUAUAUGGUGGUUAAUGUUUUCUUAACAACUAAAAAAUGUGCUUUUCUGUUUCGCCA